AAUUUGAAACAGUUAGAAAAUCGAUAAAACGAAACGAAAUCCUUGAUGUGAAGAAAACACCUACUAUUCGCGCGUAGGUUGUGCAAAAAAAAAUGUCGGACGAGGAAGAGGAAUCCAUGUCGGAGGGAUUCUCCGCCAGUGAGGAUGAAUGGAAACCAACUAAAGAUGUUCGUGGUGGAGAAUCGUCGGAUGACGAUGAUAGCGAUUUCGAAGAAUCACGCCAAGCUAUAGGCGCGGAAAUUCUUGGUAUAAUCGGAGCUCCUUCUAGGCGAAAAGGAACAACUGCUAAAGGACCUAUAAAGCAAACAGCCAUUAAGAAGCGCAAAAGCGCUGGCCAGUCACUGCGCUCUAAACUUUACAACAAAUAUCGGCCACCACCAAAAACUUUUCCGUCACCCAAUAGUGCUGGUAGCAACUCACCAUCAGCGUCAACAUCACGAACGGCUUCAAAAAACGCCAAAGUGCCCAAUGAAAGCGGCGAACCUGGCAACGACUCCAGCAGCGAUUCGAGCGUAGAAGAUUAUCUCGUCAAUCCUGCAGAUAUCGAUUUGCAAUCGAGUUUCUUCAAUUUUCGACAUGAAGGCAAAGCUGAAUCCAUUUCACCUCCACCCAUAUUUGACUGCAAUGCGGGCAUUACUAAACUAUCUGAUUCGGGAUCGGAAGAUAACGAAUCGAGUGCAGAGGAGCAGACAAAUGAAAAGGCUUUCGAUUUUGGCAACUUGUUGGAUAAUGUUAAUAGUCUGGAGCGGGCCAAGGACACCAUAGCAAAGCGUGCUGCUGAUAAAAAGCAGGAUACUAAAGCAACUGAAGGAAAUUACAAUACAACCGCUAUGGAUGUCAACUCGUUACUUGCAUUGGGCGAAAAGAAAAGUAACGCUGCAGUGUGCAGUGUGAAACCAAAAUUUGAUGAAGGGGAUGAAGACGACGAAGGUGCAACUGAACGUGCUCCACAAAAACUAAGUAAAACUAAAUCCACACGCGUCAAACGACAUACAAAAACGCGUCCAGCUUCUACUGUUGUGGCAGGCGAUACGGAUGAUUCUGACUUUGAGGAAGUGGCAGAGGACACGACUUCUGUGUCAUACUCAACCACACACGAUUCCAGCGCAUUACUUAACAACUCUGAAGGUCUGGAAAUUCAUGUGGAGAUGCCUACCAACCAACGUCGUAAGAAAGAUAAAAAUAAACAGGAUAUUGAAAUGGCGCUCAUGCGAAAAUUGAAUCGAGAUUUGAAAGAACGUUUUUUGAGUUUGCACAAGACCAGUUUGCUGUGUUGUUUUGCGCGCAGUUACCGUUACAAUCGUUUGCUGAACGAUACACCGUUGAUGCAGACCGCGCUGAAAUUACUUCCCAGCAGUAAUGCUUAUCCGCCGGAACGGGGCACCGAAAUUAAAUAUUUUCAAUCGAUGGUUACUUGGUAUAAGACAGCUGUAAAAUUGGAUUCGUCUAAUUUGUAUGGCGAAAAGGUGCGGAAGAGUCGGAGGCGGGUGAAGCGGGAGCUUAUGGCGCAGAUUAAGCGGAAAGAGGCAAGCUGCAAGCAGGAUUUUGUGUUCAUAUUUGUGGUAUUGCUGCGGGCGAUGGGGUUACAGUGUCGGCUAAUUGUUAAUAUGCAGCCGUUGCCGUUGCGUCCUGCACAAUCCGAUUUAUUGAAGAUAAAUUUGAAGCGGGAUGGUGAUAAGAAGGAGGUGAACACUGUGAAGGCAAAAAAGCCAAAGGUAGAGGAGGGCGCAACGAGUGCGAAGGAGUCGGCUAUAGAAGGAGUUGUAAAACUUAAGGAAAAAGGUUUGCAGGAGGAGAAGAAAGCUCAUAAAGAGAAGAAGAAAGUUGCAGAAAAGGAAGCAAAAAAAGGGAAGGAACGGAUUAAGGAAAAACACCAGAAAGAUAUUGGAACUUUGCAGGAUACCAAAGAUGUUGAAAAGUAUACCGAGAAGGUUCAAAGCACUGAAAAGCAGAAUAAGGAAAAGGCGCAGGCGCAGCCGGCGAAAGGCGCUUACAGAGAACGCAAAAAAGCGCCUAGCGCGAAAUUAGCUGAAAUGAAAUCGCUCGAAAAGGAAGUUGACAAUGUAAUUGUUAGCGAAAUAUCUAAUCCAGAGGUAAAAAAGGUUCCACAACGUAAUUUCAAACGGACACAAAGGAAUGAAGAAAAUAAAAUGCAAACAGAAGAACUGGUAACAAAACAAGAUAAUGUUGAACAAGGCGAGGCUAUACAAAAAUCAAACACUUCCGAAAAAUCCGCAAUUAAACACGCACAACCCACGCAAAGUAAGCCUAGACUUUAUCGGCUGCGAAAUAUAAAAAUUGCCACACCGGAUGCUGAUGAUAAGCCUUCGCUGAACGUCGAAGCAACACCGAUUGCGCGGCGUACGCGACAAGCCUCAACUGAAAAACCAAUAGAAAUUAAAGCAAUAACUGCAACAAAAAGUUGUAAACCCGUAAUACAGAUUGGAUCGCCUAUAAUACCAAAAAUCGUCAUUCAGUCUGGAAAGACUGUGAGUACUGUCGAACAAAGCGAACGUGAAAAUCAGCCGCAUGCUGGUGGUAGCACAAAAGCAUUGACCUCCCGUUCGCGCAGCCAAUCACCCAAAAUGCAUAUCUCACCUACUUUUCUGCAAAGUGUCGAUUAUAAAAACAAAUUUCUCGAUCCCAUAGCUGAGGAUAAAACACUGCCAAAAGGGGCGCAUACGAAACGCUCUGGCUCAAAGAGCCCUGUGCAGAAAGUACAAAUUUCCACAGAUUUUUUACGCCUAAAUACCAAUACAAAUGAACCAACUGCGAACCAUGCGAAGGUGUCACGUGUUUUGCGUUCUCGUCAAAAAUCCAAUCAGGUCGUGGGAGGCAGUAAAGAAAAACCGCCACCUGUGCCACAGUUCGAUGGCGCUGAUGAUAAUUUGGACAAGGUGAGUAAAAAAAGGCAGCCGCAACUGAAAAAAUUGAAACAAAAAUCAUAUUCGCGAGACGAGUCCGAUGACGAUUUUGAGUUUUCGCCGCCAAAACGGGUGAAGAAGGCGCCAAAAUUACAAGUGAAGAAGCCGGUUGUAGACAGACGUGUGCUCUCGUCGGACGAAGAGGAAGGAAGUGGUGGAACGGUAAAGCGUAAUCCAACAGCGGCGGACAUUUGGGUGGAAGUGUGGUCCGAUGCUGAGGAACAGUGGGUUUGCGUAGAGCUGUUUAAGGGCAAAUUGCACUCCGUGGAAGCGAUCAGGAAAGCCGCCUCUUCCAGUUUCGCCUACGUGUUCGCAUUCCAAAAUGACUUGAGUAUCAAGGACGUGACUGCUCGUUAUUGUCCCAAUUGGACAACAACAGUACGCAAGUCGCGUGUUGAGCGCGCCUGGCUGGAGGCAGCUUUUAGACCAUACUACGGUCAACGCACACCACGCGACAUUGUCGAGGAUCAGGAAUUACGACGUAUACACGAAGAGAAGCCUAUGCCCACCUCUAUUGCCGAUUACAAAGAUCAUCCACUGUACGCGCUUGAGCGCCACUUACUCAAAUUCCAAGCCAUCUAUCCACCAAAUCCACCUACUUUGGGUUUCAUACGCGGCGAACCGGUUUAUGCACGCGAAUGUGUGCACACGUUGCAUUCACGUGAGAUCUGGCUGAAACAGGCGCGCACUGUCAAAUUGGGCGAGCAGCCGUACAAAAUUGUAAAGGCGCGUCCCAAGUGGGAUCGGUUAACGCAAACAGUCAUAAAAGAUCAGCCGCUCGAGAUUUUCGGCUUUUGGCAAACGGAAGACUAUGAACCACCAACUGCCGAAAAUGGCAUUGUGCCGCGCAAUGCCUACGGUAAUGUGGAGCUGUUCAAGGAGUGCAUGCUGCCCAAGAAAACAGUGCAUUUACGUUUGUCGGGUUUGAAUCGCAUUUGCAAAAAAUUGGGCAUCGAUUGUGCACAGGCUGUCAUUGGUUUUGAUUUCCAUCAAGGCGCGUGCCAUCCACUCUACGAUGGUUUUGUGGUUUGUGAGGAGUUCAGUGAUCAAGUAACUGCCGCUUGGUAUCAAGAUCAGGAGGAACAAGAGAAAAAGGAGCAAGAUAAAUACGAAGCGCGUGUUUAUGGCAAUUGGAAAAAAUUGAUCAAAGGCUUGCUAAUACGCGAGCGGUUAAAGAAAAAAUAUAAUUUUUAAUUGUAUGCAUGAAGUAGGAUGCCUAAGUUGCAAGUGUUUCUGUUUAUUACUAUUAUUUUUCUACACUUUGUUUUCUCCCCAACUACCACACAUAUGUAACUUUGAGUGUUAUACCUAUAAAUUGUAUGUAUGUACGAGUCCAGUCCUGUUUCGCGCAUUUUAUAUUUUUUGCGUUAUUUACAUACGAGUAUACAUUGAUGGCUUCUUACAAUAUUAUUCACAGCCAAGAUUCACUGUAUGCUAUGAAAUUUCCGUAAGUUUGUAAAUUUGGUCGUGGUCGUAUAUUUACCAUUUGCCACAUAUAUUUUUUUGUUUAAUUUCUACAUUAUUACAUAAUGCCAGUAUGCGUUCUUGCAUUUUUGCCAAGCUGUCAUAGCAUGCAGUUUUUGUUUGUCAACUUGUGAUUUAAUAAAAGAGGAUUUACAUACAGAUAAGUUUUUUCUAUAUGAAAA